GAACGUAAAAGUUACUGAUAAUUACUGACAAUACGAUCGCGUGUAACAUUUGGAUGAACUCAGUUAUUAGUCAACGCCGCAGGAGUCGGACGCGUCCGUGACUACAACAAGUGGUUGGCCAUUUAAUUCUGAGUUUUUGUGCUGUCCAUAAAACCGGUUCAAAAUGAACAUUGCACCAGUUGGCCCUAAACCAACUCAAUUGAUCUGUCCGUCGUGCCAUUCGACGAUAGUGACUAAAGUUGAUCAUAAAUCAACAACAAAAACACACAUAAUUGCACUAGUUUUGUGCCUAUUUUUGUGCUGGCCCUGUGUUUGUGUACCAUAUUGUACAAACUCGUGCCGUAACGCUGAUCACUACUGUCCGAAUUGUAACUCUUAUUUGGGUACUUACCAGAGUUAAUAGAUUUAAGUAUAUUUAUUUGUUAAUGUGAUAAUUUAUGAUAAUUCCUAAUUUUUAACUGUCAGUAUCAAUAAAUAAUGUUUUUUGACUGUGUGGUGAUGUAUUUGUAAAAUUAAUUAUAAGAUCAUUAAUGUUGUCUAUAUAUACAUAAUGGGAAAUUCACGAACUCACUGUAUUUUGUCGUUUCCGACAAUUGUUUCUACUUCAUCUGGAAGUCUUCUUCAGGGGGUGUUUGAAACUUUACCUCACAUCAUCUCGCCUCGCACUGCGGGCCGCUGUUCGCAUAGCCCGUAAUGACGUCGGUGAGAGCGAGGGUAGGGACGGAGACAGCGGUGACCGGAGACAAUGGUGUUGUCGGAGAUGAGUAGCUGUAUCUUGUGUAGUUAUCAUUAACUAUAAAGGACUCUCCUCUUUGCUGCUGCUCUUUUCUAAGUUGUCCAACACAAUUUGAUACGCAGAGCUCGCUAUAUCUUCUUUCAGUAAUUCAUGUAGUAAUCUCCGACAUUCUUGGAGAUACGUUCUCGAGACUUGCGACAAAGUCCACCCUUUGUCUUUAUUGAAAUUAGGGUGAUGACUAAUUUCUAUUGCUUCACGGAUCUUGCGAGGAAUAAAUAGCUUCUCUUUUGCUAAAAUUUGGGUCUUGUUAAAACGUAUAUAGUGGUUACGCCUGAGGGCAAGCGUCCGUCAUAGCGGACUUGUCUGUGUCCACAUUCUUCAUAGAAUGUGUGUGCAGUGUAAUGCACUAUAUACGUUUUGACAAGGUCUAAGUCUGACAACACCAUUGUCUCCGGUCACCGUUAUCUCCAUCCCUACCCUCGCUCUCACCGACGUCAUUACGGGCUAUGCGAACUGCGGCCCGCAGUGCGAGGCGAGAUGAUGUGACGUAAAGUUUCAAACGCCCCCUGAAGAAGACUUCCAGAUGAAGUCGAAACAAUUGUCGGAAACGACAAAAUACAGUGAGUUCGUGAAUUUCCCAUUAUAUAUGUAUAUAGGCAACAGAUAAAAAUGAGCAAAGUUUUGAAAAUAAUACCAUUAAUGGUCUGUGAUGUAUCAUGCCUUAAAGUGGAAGAAAAUUAUAGGAUUAUCAGUUUUAGAAGAUAUGUAAAAUUACAGAUUAAAAAUGAAGAUUUAUUGUAAACAAAAAUAAAAAGAAAUUAGUAAGAGAUUACAUUUUUUCAAUAUUAAUUAAAUAUUUUUCAAUUAUGUCUUUUAUUUGUACACUUUACUACAUCUUUCUUCGAUAUUAUGAAAGAAUACAAAUAUUUCGAAUAAAUAUAUUGUAUCUUAUAAAAUAUGUAACUUGUACUAGUCAACUAGGAUUUUGUAAAGAAAAUCUGAUAGCUUGACAAUUUUUUUGAUUUCAAUUUACUAACGAGUUCAAAUAGAGUGUGUUUUGAUAAAUUUUUACAAUUAAUAUUAAUAAUUGUGAAAAUUAAUCAAACCACUUAGGUGUUUCUAUUUGUAUACCUAUUUAAAACAAACAGAAACAUUAUUGCAACUGAGAUAAAGCAUUGAUUUUGAAAUAAUUGAUCGGUUGUUAGAAUGAUUGAACAAGUAUCGACAACUUUGGCAAUAAAUAUAUUUUUGAUAUCUACAAAGAAAAAAUGUAUGUGUAUUUUUCCUCCAUUUGUAAUUAGAAUUUUUAUUGUAACUAUAAGCUGUAUUUUAUAAACCUAUUUGCAUUUAUGAGUUAAAUAAGUUUAUCGUAAUUAUUAGCUAUAUCUCGAGACUUUGUGCAUGUAAGUUAUUAUAAGUAUAAAGUACCCUAUAUUUUAAUAUAGGUGUGGU